GCCCGACCGGGUAGUGCUGACGCUCUCUUCCGUUCUGUUGGCAGCGGCAGAAGCAAAGAUGAAGCUGUUGGUCCUGUCUGUGCUGGUCCUCUUUGCCUCCGUCCACUGUGAGGAGGGGGCCAGGCUCCUGGCCUCCAAGGCUCUGCUGAACAGAUACGCUGUGGAAGGCCGGGACCUCACUUUGCAGUACAACAUCUACAACGUGGGUUCCAGUGCAGCCUUAGAAGUGGAGCUGUCGGAUGAUUCGUUUCCUCCAGAAGACUUUGGGAUUGUCUCCGGCAUGCUCAAUGUCAAAUGGGACAGGAUUGCACCCGCCAGCAACGUCUCCCACACGGUGGUCCUGAGACCCCUGAAAGCUGGCUACUUCAACUUCACAUCAGCCACCAUCACGUACCUGGCGCAGGAAGGAGGACAGGUGGUGGUUGGCUUCACCAGUGCUCCAGGGCAGGGGGGGAUCCUGGCCCAGCGAGAAUUCGACAGGAGGUUUUCACCACAUUUUCUGGACUGGGCGGCCUUUGGGGUCAUGACUCUCCCUUCCAUCGGCAUCCCCCUGCUGCUGUGGUACUCAAGCAAAAGGAAAUAUGAUACUCCCAAGACUAAGAAGAACUGAGCCGCAGCAGGUGACCACUGAGGCUGUAUUUGGGAGAGACGGCAGAGCGAACGGCGGCUCCACGCUCACGUGUCGCUGUUUGGAAAGCAGCUGCCUUUAUUAAACAAAGAAAUACUGGAGAAGCAAGCCCUCCACCCCUCAGGGCCGUUCCCUUCCUUCCUUUCUCCUCUCCUCGGUGGUCCUCUUCUGGCCGUGCUGCGGAGAGAUCCAUCCAACUUCAGUAAUGGAGACGCUUCCUCUCACCCAGACCCCUUCUUUCUCAGCCAGGAAUUUGUUCUGCAAAGAAAGAGGAGAAACCCCUGAGCCGUGAAUGAAUUUUAAAUGGGGACGCUUUGAUAUUAGUCUGAGAGAGAGAGAGAGAGAGAGAGAGAGAGAGAGAGAGAGAGCUGUCAUGUUCUGUGGGAGGGUUUUUUUAAAUCGCAAAAACAAUAAAUGACAAACGACGA